AUGGCUCCAGGGAAUCGGUUAUCGCGCGAGGAAAAAGGGAAAGAUAUAGCUACCUCGCCGAGCCCGGCUAGGGAUGCGGACGGGGGUCCGUUGGAGGAUUUCGACAUAAUCCAUCGUGAUGCUCUGCGGGAUACGGAGAACAUGAGCCUUUCCCAGCGUCUUCUGGUCGCUGACGCCCAUAGGCAGUUUCGCGAAGAAAUCGAAGGAAACGUUGAGGACGAGGAUAGAGAGGCGAGUGGUUCUGAAGCGCCUAGCCUUGUCGUAAGACCCAGGAGACGGGCUCAUCGGAGGGGUCGUAUCGACCAGUCAGACCGUCUCCCCGCUCCGAGAAGUGUUCCGUUCGACGAAGUAGACUGCCGUCCUGUGAUAUAUCACCCUGGCGGGAUUUUCGAAGAACUACCUUCGCUGCCUCCCGAAGCGUUACGCGACCCGCGAGUUCAAUCGUGGGGAAACGUUUCCAGUUCCUGUUCUUCCAACGAGACUGUGAAGAAAUUGCUAAGGGAGAGUGGUGGCGCUGGAGUCACCUUCCUCAUUCCGUCAACCGAACAGCGGCCGUGGUCGCCACCGGUUGGUUACCAGUGCGUGUACGAAUCUUACUUCAAGGAUCAGACGAAGCUCUGGUUCCCAAUCCCCAGACUGAUCACGUCUUACGCGUUUCGUCGGGAUAUCGCCAUUUCUCAGCUGCUGAACGGGUCGCUGCGCAUAGCUGUCAUGUUGAUGGUUAUGGCAGCGGAGAUGGAUGUUUCGAUGAGCGUGAGGGUGUUCGAAGAGCUGACUUUCACGAAGGCGGAGCCUAACGGGAUCUUUUCAAUAAAGAUGCGAGCGAGUUACAACGUUUUGACCGGUCAUCCCAACAAGACGCAGGAUUGGCAACGCGCAUACUUCUUCAUUAAGUCCGACGAGCAUGCCUUCGAGGAGCCGCCGGGGGACGAUUAUCGCGUUUUAUGGAAUCAGCAACUUGUUCGUCAUCCCAAUACAAUUGCCUAUCCUGAGAAAUUCUUCGAAACUGCUCAACUGAUCGCGACGCAUAGUCAUCUCAGGUGGCCGGAUCUUAGUCGGGAGUGGAUACGUCGGCAGCAGGCUAGGAUCGCUAGAGUUGAUUGGGAAUCGAGACUUCCUUGUGUACUCGGUCCCCGCAAGUCACGUCUCUCCCUGUUUACUCGGAAACAACAAAAACUCCUUAACCAAGCUAGAAAGAUGGAGGGAGUUCCCGACUUGAGUGCCCUGUUGAAAGGGAAGCUUCAAAUGCUCUCAACGAAGUCAUCUUCUGCCGGUGCCUCAGAAGUCAGGCCCGCCCCCACAGAUGGAGAUGUGAACUCUGAGCCGCCAGCUCAGAGUUCCCCAAAGAAGAAGGCCAAUAAGGCCAAGAAAAGGAGUGUCCCUUCGGAGGAGGUACCAUCUUCUGCUGAUAUCUCCGAAGUCGCGGCUAAGAAGAAGAAGAAAAAGGAGAGCAAGAAAAGGUCUCGUGAGGAGGCUUCUGUUGAGGUUUUGGAGACCUCAACUGCCGCGGGGAAUGAUGAUACGGAAAGAAACGAUCCAACCAAUUCUACUCGGGGAUCGCCUGAGGAACGUCCCAAGAAGAAAUUGAAGAGAAAGACAGCGGAAGACGAUGGGACUUCUGCUCCCGGAAUUCCUUCUAGAAGUGGGGAACCGGCAACCGAAGCCGGAGAUGGCUCACGGGAUGAAUCUCCGUUGAGUAAGGGAGCCCCUUCUUCUUCUGCGAGGGAGACGGGUGCGGGAAGCGGAGGUUCGCUUCCGCGGAAGGCGGGAGGAGGGACUCGCUUCCCGGAUCGCGUAGAGUUCCUUUACGACGAGGCGACUCCGUUGGUUCUGAAUCCACUUCAAUGUGCUGAACUGACCCGUCAGAUCCGUGGUGGAACCAAAGAGUUGCCGCCGAUCGACGACUUAUACUUCAAAAAGGAGUACAUUGACGCGGCUAUGGCGGGCAGACGGAGCGACGGGAGCAUGAAUUAUCUCGUUGAGAAGUACGACAGCACCUUGAAGCAGACGAUGGUCCAGCUGGGCGCCUCGGAGAAGCUCGCACAGACCAGAUUGGGCGUGAUCGAGAGGUUACGUGCUGAAAACAAAAAGGCCUGCGACAAAGCGGCCAAAGAGAAAGAGGUCCUUCGAGUUAAAUUUGAGGAGUUGGAAGACAAACUGAAGUCUGACCGUCUUGCGAAGAAGGACGCUCUACGCGAGAAAACUCGCUUAGAGCGGUUGGUCGCUUCCCUCGAGAAGGAGAAGGCUGAGCUCGAGGGAGAGAGGGACGCUGUCGUCGGAACGCUGGUCAAAGAGAGGCAACGCCUGAGGGACUCUAGGGUUCAGGAGGUCACCCGCGAGAGGAUCAAGGUUCAAACGGCUAUGGCGGACAAGUCUACUCGCUGCGUGGGUAAGAUGAAGGGCUAUCUGGAUCGCCUUAACGCGCUAGAGAAGGCCAAGAAUCUAUACGGGCAGGCUUCAGGAACAAAAAAGUGCCUUGAGAUGAUAAAAGAUAGCGGGGUCGAGAUUCCGCAGAGUAUGAUCAACAUCUUCUCGCAGCAGGAGAAGAUGUAUGAGGCUGAAGUCGCCAAUCUUUACCUCGAGCCAUUCUCUGAGGAUGACUUUGCUCUCUCUCCUCUCAACCUCCCUUCUCGAUUUGUAAGUGAAGAGCUCAUGGGGGUACUCGACCCGUACGGAUCGAAUGUUGGCUUGAUUGGCCACGAAUCGGCUUCCCAGUUGAUUACUUCCCACGAGGCGACCGAAGAUCCAGUCGACGAGCCGAUGGUAGACAUUACUUCCGCUCUGUCGGGGCAUAUUGUCGUUCCCGAAGGAACUGUCGUCGAGGAACGUCCCGACGGAAACGAUCCCGAGGAAGCCGGGGACGCGAUUUAA